UGUUCGGACUUUUUCAAGUGCAUACGCGCUUGGCACUCACGCAGAACGAUGUCAAACGAUCGAUCGGAGCUGUAUUUUCAAUAUUUCUAUAUUUUAUGGCUCCUCGCGAAUGUCAGCUCACUGGACCCGACGCUUUUACCGAGGAUGAUAUUCACACAGGAAGAGCUCACCCUUAAAAGUGUGACAUUAUCAGAGGGAGUCCGUACACUUCUACUUCCAGAAAGAGAUAAUAACAAGAUCAUGGCUGUAGGAAAAAGACAUCUGAUCUCUCUCAACUUCCAGUCUCCUCCUAAGGCUCCCAUGGAACGGAAUUUGCUGUGGGCCGAGUGCAUUGAAAAUGGAGCGUCGGCAAACGGUUGCAACUACGAGGUGGUGUUGGCCCAUGAGAGGGAGGACGCCAGCCGAGUGUUUCAGUGCGGGACGGACGGAGCGGAGACACUUUGCUGCGAUACGAAGCCAUCAGAAGAUCGGCCCGUCUGCACACCAGCCGAUGACCUGAAAAGUAUCCGAAAGAGCAUCAGAGGUUUUCUCUUGAAGGAUGCCGAACAUUCUGCUUUCGUUGAAUCUGCAGAAGGUUCCUCACUGUACGUCACGUAUUCCGGAUCGCAGGAGUACGUGGGCGUCCAUAAGUUUGGAAAGAACAGAGUUCGACCGGCUAACCACGAUAAAGAGCAGCAUUACCUGGGGUUGGUCAUGAGCAAACGCAAGGACGAGCCAUUGCAGGACAAACUUUACGCCUUCUACAAGGAGAGGAAUAAAGAUUUGAAUAUAUGGAGCAGCACAUGGCUUCCGUACAUCUCCCAGUUUUGCUUGGCGGACAUGGGCGGCCCCAAAAACAACCUGCAGUUCACGUGGACCUCCCAGAUGAGCGCCAGACUCUCCUGCGGUGACCCAACGAGCAAAAAACAUUUUUUCGAGAUGGUGGAUAUUGCCGCCGUGCACGCGGAGCAAUGGCAGGACACCCGUGUUUAUGCGCUCUUCAGGAACGAAUGGAACAUGAGCGCCGUAUGCGUUUACGCUAUGCAGGACAUCCAGGACGUCUUCACCAACUCGCCGUUUAAAGGCUCAGAUCAUCAGAGGGGCCGGUCCAGAAAGUGUGUUUCAGACAGCACACAUCUCUCUAUGGACAUCUUGAAGAUGACCCAGAUGAACUCUGAGAUGGAGCAGUGGGUGAAGCCUGUGAAGAACUCAGGCCCACUUCUCAUAAGUCACCACGUCUACACUCACAUUCUCACAGACGCUGAUCCCGCAAAGGAACACUCGCUUCUCUUUUUGACUCGAAAUGACGGAGGAGUGGACAAGUUGGUGGAGAACAAUGGCACGGCUUUCAUCAUGGCAGAAUACAGACCAUUUUCCCAAAGAGCUCAUAUCGACAGCAUCACCCUCCAUGCUUCCUCUAAAAAACUCUACGUCAGCUCUGGUCGUCAGAUCGUCCAGAUGGACGUGGCAGACUGCGGCCACUAUGGAAACACGUGCGAGGAGUGCGUGUUAGCACGAGACCCGUACUGCGGCUGGGACAGCACCGGAUGCAUCGCCACGACCGCAACUAGCGGCAACGUGGUUCAGGAUGUGAAUUCAGGAAAUUAUGACUUGUGCAGGUCUUCGCUUCAUCCUCACGUCAGCAAAGUGAUUGAUCGCUCAAGCAUGCCCGUGAUGCCAAUCACGCAUCCUCACGGGUACCAAUACUUCCUCCGUUGCCCCGUGGGGUCUCGCCACGCCCAGUACAGCUGGCAUCACGAAGGCGGGGGAGCCACGCCCUGCCCCUGGAGCUCGCACGGGUGCCUUCUCUUAAUCGACAACAAGCGGGAGGGCACGUACACGUGCGUGUCGGAGGAAAGGGGCUUCAGCCGUGUGCUGGUCCGCUACGCCGUCAAGGGCAGUGCCACGUCAGCGAGACCCUCCAUCGGUCUCCUGUUUUGGCUCUGUUCUCUGACUGCUCUCAUCCAAAUAAUAACGUAAAAAAAUUGGACAACAAUUGCAAUUUUAUCUUUGUGCUAUUUAUUAUUAUGCCAGGUUACAAAAUGUACAGUAUUUCCUGGAAAGUUUUUGCAUCACUUCCCUUUUCUACGUUUUAUCUUUAACUUUACAAUAAAUGUCUUAGAAAUGUCCAGAAGAAAAAAGGUACCAGAUUUGCACCACACUUGUUGCAACAUACUGCUUGCACAUGAUGUUGUCCUGAGAUGCGUGUCAUAACUUCCUCUAGCAUUGAGGACAUUCAACUUGUAACUACUUGUCUGACAUGGCCCUUUACCAACUUCCUUUUACAAUUAAUCAGGUCAAACAUGAUCUAGAGUUACCGAGCAACAAGCUUGGCUAGUUAGUUAUGUGAGGAAAAGCAAAUGUCAAUACAGUAACACCGUCUCUGGGACAAUGCUGCCCUCUGCUGGACACACUUGGAAACGACUCUUGUUUGCGUGCUGAUCGGAAUGAUAAGAGUAGAGGGUGGGGGCAUAAAAAAAGGGUGGUCCGAUCUCUGCCCCUUUAUCUGCCUCUAGUUAAGAUGACACGAUAGCAGUAAUUGUUCCGGACCACUAAUCAGUAAAUCCAGAGCAUGUGUGUGUUUGAGUGUGUGGGCCUCCAUCAUCAAAUUUUUAAUUUGAGUUUUUUUCCAUAGUGAAUAACAAUUGCAGUUUUGCACUAUUGUAGUGUUUUUGCACUGUACAGCAAUUUCAAAGGUCUAUUUCAACUUUGCCAAGGUCAUACGGGGGUCACGCCUUGUACAGAUGUCUACUUCCAUAGUUGUUUAUGGACGUUUUAAUUGGGAUUGGGGGUGGAGGGGUUGGGCCUUGAUGGGCAGGGAGGCCUCUGACCACGACCAUUACGCCAGACCUCGAUUAGCUGAAUGGUUUUAGAGGUUUUAUAGCCGUGAGCUCAUCGUAGCCCCAUCUCGUUAGCUGCUUGAUUGGUGGGGUAGGACCAGCAGCUUCCAUCUUUGGAGCAGUUGUAAGGUCCUCCAACAAGACUGAUUUUUAGCUAAGCGGAAUUUGUGCUUCAUGUUGUUAGCGUUCGGUGCAAUUUGCAUUUGGUUCUUUACGGAAAGUCGUGUGACUUCCUGACCCCGCUGGGGAUUGUGGGUAUUCUGUUGAAUUAUACGGUCGUCACCGAUGGAGGGAUAUUGUUUAUUCAAUCAGGACGUCGCGAUGCGGCCUUCGAGGGCCCAUCAAUCACCCUGAAAGAGCUUCCUUGGCUCCACGCUCAACGUAACCAAAAAACAAUUGGAGCUCUUUCAUUGGCAGUGUCGCACAAGUUUUUUUCUGUGAAAAAAGAAGGUCCAAAGCAAAUUUUUUCAAAAAUCUUUCUUAUCUCUUAGAAUUUAUUUUAUUAUAUUAUUAUUUUAUAUAAACAUAUGGGAGGAAAGCCAUAAAAAAAUCUUUUAUGGGGAGAAAAAGCCAUUGAAAAAAACAUUUAUUUUUUUGGACUUUUUUUUUUAAGGAGACUUUUUGUGGCCGACAGGUUGCCAUAGUGACAUGAAGGCUUGAAAAAAAUAAUGUUUUUUUUUUUUUUUAUUUAAAAAAAAAGCACUGAUUUGUGAAUAUUUUUUUCCCAUUUAUUCUCGCAAGCCAAUCUUAAUUAAUAAAAAUGAGGGAAAAAGACAAAAAAAAAAAAAAAAUUAAGUUGACAUCUAGCUCAACCAACUUAAAACAUACCACCAAUUAACUCGUUUUACAUUUUGCAUAAUACCGAAUGUUCCGAGUUUUUCCGCAACUGGAAAGGAUGUCCAUUUUAUCCUAUGAGGCCCAUUCGUGCUGUGCUGUGUUGAGGCAUGUCAACAAACGCGUCAUUUGAAGGGAAAACGUCAUCCGAGUACUUUUACGUCAGCACGUUCCUCUUCAUUUGCACCUUUUGUCUUCCCUCCUCCACUAUUGGAGGUCUUCGGGCGGAUAAGUCGAUGCAUUGUUCCAAGCGGCUCAGGAUUGGACGGGGGCCUCUGCGUCUGGCGUGGAGAAGAUAAGAGCGCUUAUCUAUUUCUCUGUCUGCCCAAUCUACAACCAUGGCCCCUCCUCCUAGCCAUCAUCGUGACCUCCGCGACAUCCCGAAAAUAAGCUUUGGUUAACAUGGAAAAUAAGCAAAACAAAUCAAAGUAUCUUAGAUAUAAACCGUUUUCAGGUAAAAAAAAAAAAAAAAAGUAGGCUUAAAAUGAUCGAGAGUGUGGAAGUAAAAAUGAAGCGAUACCGAUUGACCGCACCUAUUUUGAUCUGACUAGUGAAUUGUUUGGUUAUUGGAGCAGAAAAUAGCAAAUUUGCUAUUUAGCGAGGAUGACACGAUGCUGUCACUCCUCCGCCAUUUUGUUGGGAGUGACAGUCCUCGCCUUCCUCAUCCUGCUUCCUCUUCUUCGCCUUUGCUGUUGGCAGCGCUUCAUUAGUGUCACCGUUUUAACGGGAAGAAAUGACGACAGGCAAUUACGCUUUUGUCAGGAUGCGUCUUGGAAUAAAUCUUGAAAUAUAAUAGUGAGCAUUUUAGAACAGUGGCCAAGUGUUUUUAGAACUGUGCUGCAAUAUAUUUUAAUGUGAGUUUUGGAGAUUUAUUGUUAACAAAUAUUGUUGCUAUGCAUAAAUUUGUAUAUAGUUAGUGUACAGAUACCAGGUAACGGUGACAACACCAGGUUUAUUUGAAGGUACUCGCGACGGCGGCCAUUUUGUAAUCAGGAAAUGGAAAUUACAAGAACAGAAAAUUGACAUUGAUAUCAUGCAAUUUUAAAGAAAUUACUAUAUUAGAAUAUAGAGGUUUUUCUUUAAAAUUCUCUGUCAAUUUUUCUUUGAGGGAAAUUUUAUGUAUCAAAAGGACUAGUGGUAUCGGCAUAUGGUAUCGUAUUGGUAUCGGUCCGGGAAAAACUUGUAUCGAACAUCCUUAGUUAGCAUUUAAGCCUCACAGUUCAGGGGCCAUAAAUUCAAUCGUAUCAAGUUUUUGUCAAUGUAAUCUGUGUAUUGUUUAUUUAGAAAAAAUAUAUUUUCCAAACACAAAUGUCAUAGUUGAUUUUCAUCUGUUCCAUAUAUUUGAAUAAAAAGAUGUUUAUCAGUCAAAAAUUCAA